AUGAAUUCAACUUACGAUAUCAGACGAAGAAACAUAUUGACUACAGUUGUUCCUGUUGAAGAUAUCGUACAACAAUAUCCUCCUUUAUCCACACUUAAAGGGAUUCGCCAUGAAUACUGCAGAGUGAUGAGAGAUGAUUGUGCCGUUAAAGACAUGAAGUCUUCAUUCUCUACUUAUCGAAAAGCAAUCUUAAAGUACUGUAAAGAAUUAUAUCGAAAAAGUCCAUUCAUCAAGAAUACUUUAAGGUGCCUAGAAAAAGCAGUAUCAGAAGGAAUAGAGGACUCCUCCGACUUUGAAACGACAAGUUCAGUGAUGCUGUUAGUCCAUUUGCUAACCAAGAAAACGUCUGAAAACAGCCUGAUGGAAAUGCUGUCGGAAGAUGAUGAUUUGCCUAACAAAAUAACCCGCACCACCUAUCCACGGGUUUUGGUUAUUGGUGAAAACAUACUGAAGCCUGACAGGCUACUAUUGUGCGUCGAAGGACGACAACUCGUUGACGUAACUUCAUUUUCUUUAGACACAGUCCUUUUUACGCUCUAUGCAACAUACUAUGUAUUUUCUAUAGCUUAUCCACAAGAUGAUAAGGAUGUAUUUCUUUUUAUUGAUUCCGUUUUUGUUGGGUUGCAGCACACUGCUAUCAAUAGAAUUAGCUUGCAAAAAUUUAUUAAAGCUCUUGCCAGUUUAAAGUAAGCAUUAAGUGGACAUUUAAACCAUUACACUGGACAUUUAGAC